UCACAGAAGGGCAUUUUAAAAUCAACCUUGAUCAACAUAAAGGAGGGAAAAUGCAGCUCUCUAUUUUCACCGUUGAUGCAUUUACACAUCAACCAUUUUGUGGCAAUCCUGCAGCUGUUUGUCUUCUUGAAGAUGAACUGGAAGAAGGUUGGCAUCAAAAAAUCGCAACAGAAAUGAACCUCUCAGAAACAGCAUUCAUCAGAAAAUUGCAUCCAGCUGAUGAUUUCACCAAAAGUUCUUGUUUUGGAUUAAGGUGGUUCACACCAACAAAUGAGGUCCCUCUCUGUGGUCAUGCUACCCUGGCAUCAGCUGCUGUGUUAUUUCACAAAAAGAAAAACAUGAAUUCAGUGCUCACUUUCAUUACUCUGAGUGGAAAAUUGAAUGCCAGACAGGCAGGAGACCGCAUUAUUCUGGACCUGCCCCUUUACUUGGCCUACCCACAGGAUUUUCAGGAAGUGGAAGAAUUUGUUAAGGUAGCUGUAGGUGAUAUGAAUGUUCAAGAUGUUCGCUAUUCUCCUGACACAAAGAAGUUCCUUGUUCGACUCAGUGAUGUUUAUGAAAGGUCUGAUUUGGAGAAACUAAAAGUAAAAACCCAAGAGCUUUUGCGGGCUGAGAGGACUGGAAAAGUGAAAGGACUGAUAGUCACACUUAAGGGAAAGGUUGGUGGAAAACUUGAACGCUACGACUUUUAUUCCCGCUACUUUGCACCCUGGAAUGGAAUUUCAGAAGAUCCUGUCACAGGAUCUGCUCAUGCUGUUUUAAGCAGUUACUGGUCACAACAACUCGAGAAGAAAGAAAUGUGCGCCUUUCAAUGUUCUUCUCGUGGAGGAGAGUUGAAGAUUUUGCUUCGGGAUGACGGAAGAGUAGACAUUGGUGGGCAAGCAGUUUUUGUGCUAGAAGGUUCUCUGACUAUUUGAAGAAAAUGAAUACAAGCUCUUCUCCGCUUGUACAACUUCCACUUUGCUCUAGAAAUGUAGAUGCUGAUGAGUAUUUUACUGAGAAGAACACACUCACUUAAUUUGUAAUGGAAAAUACAAAGUAUUUGAAACAUUA